GGCUGAUUGCGCAUUCUGUAUACAACGGCAGUGGGCGCCUACUAGUACCAGCAGUAUCGAGAGCAUUUGAAGUUGUCCGCAUCGCAACCACUGGACAGAUAUUUAGCCUGAUGCUGUGAUCUUACUACGUCUCUCCACACUGAAACAGUGAUUGAUUUUUUGGUUGAGACGGGAAAAAUGGCCUCACUAUUACAGAUGUUGAGCGACUUCCCUCGACGCCUCGCAGCGUUCCUCGACCGCCCUGGCUUCCCGUGGAAAAGGCUGAUUGUCGGGUUUUCGCUCGGUCAAUUCGUGCUGGAAGGCUUCUUGUCCCUAAGGCAAUACAAGCUAUUGCAGAGGAAGAAGCCGCCCAAGACAUUGGAAGAUGAGAUCUCUCAGGAAGUGUUUGACCAGAGUCAAGCAUACGGACGGGCAAAACUGAAGUUCGGUUUCGUCUCCGGUCUCAUCUCACAGAUUCAGAACGUCCUAUUCAUCCAAUACGAUAUCCUGCCGAAACUAUGGUCGUUGACGGGCUUCUGGCUGGCGCGGUAUUUCCCUUCACGAUUCUCCGGCGAGAUCUCUCACUCGGUCCUGUUCUUCUUGACAUUCAACUUCAUCUCGCAGAUUCUGUCGCUCCCUACGUCCUACUACGGCACUUUUGUGUUGGAAGAGAAGUUCGGAUUCAACAAGCAGACGGUCAAACUAUGGCUUACGGACAUGCUCAAGGGUCAAGCGUUGAUGGUGGCAUUGGGCACUCCGCUGCUGAGUGCGUUCUUGAAAAUCAUCCAGGUGACGGGGACAAGGUUCUUUUAUUACUUGUGGUUGUUCGGCAUCGUCGUCCAACUCUUCGCCAUCACCAUCUACCCGGUCUUUAUUCUGCCGUUAUUCAACAAACUGUCGCCUCUGGAGCCUGGAGAGCUUAAAUCCGGCGUCGAGGCAUUGGCGUCAAGGCUCAAGUUCCCGCUGAAGUCGUUGUACGUCAUUGACGGUAGCAAAAGGAGUGCGCACAGCAACGCGUACUUUUUCGGUCUACCGUGGAAGAAGCACAUUGUCAUUUAUGACACUUUAAUUGAAAAGAGCGAGCCCCAAGAGGUGGUUGCGGUACUCGGACAUGAACUUGGCCAUUGGAGUCUCUCGCACACCACCAAACUCUUCGCGAUCGCCCAAUUCCACAUGUUCUACAUCUUCGCCCUCUUCAGCGUCUUUAUUGACAACCACUCCCUCUACUCUUCUUUUGGCUUCCACGACUCGCACCCCAUCAUCAUUGGCUUCGUCCUGUUCUCGGACGCCCUGGCUCCAAUGGAUGCCGUUGUCAGACUCCUGAUGAACAGCCUGUCGCGCAAAUUCGAGUUCGAAGCCGAUUCUUUCGCCAGAAAUCUUGGGUAUCAAAAGGAACUUGCCAAGAGUCUGAUCAAAUUGCAAGUGCAGAAUCUGAGCACCAUGGACGCAGAUCCAUUGUACGCAAGCUACCACUACAGCCACCCCAUCUUGGCAGAGAGACUGGCAGCAUUGGGUUGGAAGAGUCCGAAGCCGGCCUCGAACGGCAAAGUUGUGGAACUCGACGAGAAAGUUGCAGACGCAGAGGUGGUGAAGGCCAAAGACCGAGAGCUGUGAUGACAGGUCCGGGUUUAGUUCUUGGAGCGGGAUGUUGAGAGAUAUCGCGAAUGAUGAUUUGGUGAUAGAUGUGCAGUUUGCAUUGACCAGCCUGGGGUAUGGCUGAGUCGCGAGGUGUAAUCGGAGGUGGGGGAGGACCACCAUGCUCCAUGUGCCCAUUCCAGCCAUGCUAGUGAGAUGCUUGGUGGAGUCAGGAAGAAAACCAACCGCAUGUAAGCUCGAGCCGAAUCAGUGAUCUGGAGAGCAGCAGCUGCAACGAUCUCGAGCAGGCAUGAGUUGUGAGAUCUCAAACCAUCCUCGAGGAGAUGUCAGGUAGAAGAUUUGCGAUCUGACAGGGCAAUGUUAUGCCUGAAGAUCUUUUUUGUCUCCUCUGUUCACGUCUUGCUGCUCUUCUUCCUGGCCUGUUCGGCCUUGCUGGCCUUUUCCUGCUUUUGGCGCAAUUUCUUCAAUCUUUUCCUUUCC